CAUAAGUUCGUUCUCAGAAUGGACUUCCUGUGGCUUUUCCUCAUCUAUGUGUCCGUCCUUGUUCUCUGUGUCUCUAUUUACUGCUGCUUGUCUGGAGGAUCGAGGGGCCGGCUGGACGGCGUGUUCUACAGAGCUGAAGAGGCGCUCUCCUAUGUAUUACCAACUUGGCUGCAUAGUCAUUUCACCGGCUGCUUCUAUACAAGGAGUGCAGCUUUUGUGGUCCUGCACUUGGUUCUGGAUGCAGCAGUGUUUGCAGAAUACACCUGGGAGGUGGUGGACUACAGCCUAGAGAUGGAACUGCACUGGAUGUUUGUCUACCUGCCCUAUGCUUUAAUCACUGUGAAUCUUUAUUUAUUUUACAAAUGCUGCACAUCUGACCCAGGGACAGUGACCACAGAUAACGAGCAAUGUUGCACUCGGAUGUACCAGUAUGACGGCGUCAUGUUCCAUCAAGGAAGAAAAUGUCAGACGUGUCUCCUGAUGAAGCCAGCAAGAUCAAAGCACUGUGGGAUAUGCGGCAUCUGCGUGCAGCGAUUUGAUCAUCACUGCGUAUGGGUAAACAACUGUAUCGGAGCCCGGAACAUAAGAUACUUCUUUCUCUACCUCGUGAGUCUGUCCUUCACAGUGCUGUCAAUGGUGGGAGUCAUUGCAGUAUUCCUCCUGCAGGUGGUGCUGUUGUCACAUAUGAUGCAUGCAUCCUAUAAGGACCUGGAAGGCCAUGAAGAGUUGGUUGGCAUCGCUUUCAUCAUUCAGCACCUCUUCCUGACCUUUCCGCGGAUUGUCUUCUCUCUGGGAUUCCUGCUCAUCCUCGUUCUCCUACUAGGUGGUUACUCCUGCUUUGUGUGUUACCUCUGCACCACCAACCAGACCAGCAACGAGUGGUACAAAGCCCGGAGGCUCAGCUCUUCAUCAACGUCUGCUAGGACUUACUCCAGAGGCAUUGUGGGUAACCUGAGGGAAGUUUUCCAGCCUUGUACCAGUGGUAAAAAGAAGAGAUGAGACUGUGCUGGGAGUGACUGG